UGCUUUCCCGCUUCCCUUCCCCCCAAUUCACUGGAAACUUCCAGAUAAUUUAAAAAUGGAGGACAUAAAAACUAGUAAUAUCCAUUGUUCGCUGCCCUACUGUCUGCUAUGUUUGUUUCUUUAGAAGCCAGUGAUCAUAUCCUGACUUGAAUGCGGAGUCAUUUUUUUUUUGAUCGUACUCCCCAGAGGACGAUGAAGGAGAAAGAGGGGAAUGCUGUCUCUUUAAGAGAGAGAGAGAGAGAGAGGGAGAGAGAACGAGAAUGAGAGAGAAAGGGAGGGACCUCUUUGCCCUCCAGAAACCAGGAAGGGACUUGAGUUGAUCUGCUGCUGCUCGGUUAGCGCAUACGGGGCUUUGAGCAGCAGACAGUUUCGGGGAGAGAGAGAGAGAGAGAGAGAGAGAGGGAGAGAGAGAGAGAGAGACCUCUGUAGAGGAGGAGAGGAGGGCUGAGCUAACCCACAACAAGCAGCGCCGCGGCAAUCGCAGCAUUAAAAUGCAUGAAGUGAAGAUCUGACCCAAAAUUUGGCAUGAAAGGAUCUUUUAUGCUGAAGUAUAGAGUCUGCGAAAAUUUAUCAAUGAAUGGACCCUCUCACAGGAAUUGCUCUCUCUUCGCAUGUCCCGCCCCCCCAGAACGGCAGACGGACAGACGGCAGGACGGACACGCGGGCAGCGGCUGUGAUCGGUGGCUCAGCGGCAGGCUGGUGGAAGAUGUCGCUGGGGGCCGGAGGAAGGGGUGGGCGGCACGGGCAGGCUGGGGCGGGGGCCGGUGGUGCCGAGGAGGGACCCCUGGGGGUGCCAUUCCCGGAGCAUUGCGCCGACGUGCUGGGCGGCCUCAACGAACAGCGGCUGAGCGGGCAGCUGUGCGAUGUGCUGCUGGUGGCGCAGGAUAAGGAGUUCCCGGCCCACCGCUCCGUGCUGGCCUCCUGCAGUUCCUACUUCCACAAGCUCUUUACGUCAGGCGCUGCCGCCGACCGCCAGAGCGUCUACACCAUCGACUUUGUGCGGGCUGAGGCUUUGUCCGCACUGCUGGAGUUUGCCUAUACCUCCACGCUAACCGUAAGCCACAGCAGCGUGCGUGAGAUCCUCAGCGCUGCCCGGCUGCUGGAGGUUCCACCUGUCCGGGAUGUCUGCACACACCUCCUCGACAACAAAGUGCUCUCCCCGCCGGCAGGAAGUGAGCAAGGAAAGGAGGAAGAGGAAGAGUGUGGGGAGCAGGCGGAUGGCGGCGGGGCCACACGUGGCUGUCGGCUCAGGGCCCAGGAGUAUCUGGAGUACUUCCAGCAGGGGGCACGGUGGGCCAGCAGCUGCAGCACGCCCGAGCUCAGGGACCUGCCCACACACGUGCACUUUACCCAGCGUAACGGAACUGGCGGCAACGGUGUCCCGGUGACCUCUGGAGAGUACUACUCCCCCCUGGACCUAGCCCAGGCGCCGGUGGGGGACGAUGAGGAUGAGGAUGACGAGGACAGGGAAGGGCUGACACCCGAAGCCAGGGACCUCCUGGCUUGGGCCAGGGGUAAUGGUGGGGGCACGGCCCUGCCCCUCUUCGCCACGCCACAGAAUGGACACUACUACCUCCAGCCGGACAGCAAACUGGAGCAGGACCCGAGGCCAGAGCCAGAGCAGGACGGGGCAGCUGCCAGCGCCUUCCUCAAGCACAUGAUAGACUCCAUGGAGCAGCAGAAGGUGGAGAUCCCCGACAGUGAGGACCCCGACAUGGACUUUUACUUGAAUUACUUCAACAACACGCAGCGGGAGGAGGUUGCCUCGGGGCCUCAGAGCCUGCUGCCCUCCUGGGGUGGACAGGGUGCUGAUGGCAGGGGUCCGGGUAGCGGCGGCGGUGGUGGCGGCAGCGGAGGGGAGAAGAAGAUGCGCUCAAAAGCCUACCAGAAGUGCCCCAUCUGCUCCAAGGUGAUCCAGGGCGCGGGGAAGCUGCCCCGGCACAUCCGCACGCACACCGGAGAGAAGCCCUACGAGUGUGCCAUCUGCAAAGUGCGCUUCACCAGGCAGGACAAGCUGAAGGUGCACAUGCGGAAGCACACGGGCGAGAAGCCCUACCUGUGCACGCAGUGUGGUGCCUCCUUCGCCCACAACUACGACCUGAAGAACCACAUGCGCGUGCACACGGGGCUGCGGCCGUACCAGUGUACCAGCUGCUUCAAGACCUUCGUCCGCUCUGACCACCUCCACCGGCACCUCAAGAAGGACGGCUGUAACGGAGUGCCCUCGCGUCGAGGCCGCAAGCCACGCCCCCGAGACCCCGCCCUCCUCGGUGCCGAGAGCGGACUUCCGGGGCCCGGACCACGGGGUGGCAGGGGCCGACGGCGCCUGGAAGUUGUGACGCCCCCAGUGGCCGUGGACUCUGAGAGCCCCGUGGACAACCAGAAACAGCUGGAGGAGUUAGCGGAGGCGGGCCAGUGAAGUGGAGGCAGUGGAUUCGCGUUCGUUUGGGGUGGGGUGGGGCGGCUUAAGAACGAAGAUGGAAAAAAACAAAAGCAAACAAACAAACAACAAAAAAAAAACUAACUACUUCUCUAUAUACCAAAUCAGGGUGUCACGACGUCUAAUGUUAAGUUUAUUUGUCCAUUUGCUUUGGAUACGGGAUAACCGUCAGCGCUAAAAUCACACCGUCUUCUCUUUCCGGACCCUUCUGUGUGGUCUCACUGCAUAUUGGCAGAAAUAGCCCUUCCCUUGUGGCAUAAAAAACAGAAGUCUGGGAGAAACUAUGCAGCUGAAAGACAUUUUAUGGCUUUUGUUUACAUUUUGAAGAAACACUGAAUACUCUAGGACGGCUAGAGAGUCAGAAAGAGUGCACUCCCAGCUGGAUCUGACGGGAACAGCCGUCCACAUCCGAACAGGAAACAACACGCACACAGAACAUCACUAAAUUAGAUCGAAACCCAGUAAAUAUGAGCAUAUGCAGAACAGUGCACAAGUACCACGCGAUGGAACCGCUAUGAUCUGGAGCGGCCGGAAAGAGUCAGACACGCUUGAUUUUGGUGCUGCUCGCCAUGUUAAAAUGGUUCCAUCUUUCUGAAUGGUGAGCACUGAAUGGAUCCAACUACUGGGGAGGUCCACUAGCCGUCGGGGUUCCGGGAGAGGGGUGCGGAGGCCUGCAUUUUCCAGCACUACAGCAGUCCUCCACCCCCAGGGGGCGACAUUUUCCCGUCGCACCCUAACCAUCCUCAGAUUUUCAGCUUUCUCAUUCUCCUUCUGAUUUGUCUUAAUAUUUUUAUUUUAUUAUUAUUACGUUUUUUUUUUUUUUUUUUUUUUUUGCUGUUCGUGUUGUUUGUUGAGUUGAACGCUUGGGUACUUGACACUUUAUGUUUGUAUACGUGUAUAUAUACGUUAGGUGGUUAUCUUAAUAGUUCUUUUUUUAUAAGAUGAGGCCUAUUCCCUAUUUUGGUUUUAUUCCUUGAACUUGACGUCUAAUUUCUCAGAGAGCAUGAGACAAGGGCAGAAACUGUGGACAUGUAGGGAUGUGUUUGGGAGCUUUUCAGUUUCCGUUUUCCUUCAGUUGGGCAGUUUAUUUUCUGUUUUCAGUUGAUUGGCUUAGAUGCUGUCGUAGGGAACACCUUACAAAUGAAUGCAGCCGGUUUCCCUUUUCCCCCACAUCCUGAGGGGUGGGAUCCUGCUACGCGGCCGGCUGGGGACACGCGAGGACGACAAAGUCCAAGCGUUUGGGG